GGGAAGAUGGCGCUGGAGACUCGGGGGAUGGAGCAGGACGUGGAGGACGGAGAGAUUUCAGGCUCGGACUGCGAAAUGCCGGCCACGGCCGCCGCCAGGAGCCCGCAGCAGAAACAACAUGAUAGCAACAGUUCAGCCAGAUCUUUCCCAAGCAGCAUUUCAUCCUGUGCCCCAAGUGUCUCUUAUCGGACAAUCAAAAACGUAGACUCAAGUGAUGAGAGCUUCUCAGAUUCAGAUGAAGACAGCUGUCUGUGGAAACGAAAGCGCCAGAAGUGUUCUAAUAUUCCUCCCCCUAAACAGGAUCCUUUUCAGUUUGGCCACAAUCCUCAGAAGCCAGUGGCCUUGGGGGGUAAAAAGAUCAACAACAUCUGGGGAGCAGUGCUUCAGGAACAGAGUCAAGAUGCAGUGGCCUCAGAACUCGGGAUUCUAGGGAUGGAGGGUAGCCUUGACAGAAGUAGAGCAUCGGAGACCUACAAUUACAUGUUGGCAAAGAAAUUGAUGAAACAAUUUGAUCCAGAAGUAUCUGAGAACCUGGACAAAGAGUUGGAGGAAUAUAUGCAGGAUGACAAAAAGAUUUUACCAGAGGAGGAAGAAAAUGGACAAGGUCUCUUAAAACGGAAACGGCCUGUUAAAGACAGACUGGGAGAAAGACAAGAAAUGAAUUAUAAAGGGAGGUAUGAAAUUACUGAAGAGGACUCUGAGGAAAAAGUGGCAGAUGAAAUUGCCUACCGGCUUUGUGAACCAAAGAAGGAUCUGAUAAUACGGGUAGUAAAAACCAUUGGAAAAAAGAAAGCUAUUGAAUUAUUGAUGGAGACAGCUGAAGUGGAACAAAAUGGAGGUCUUUUCAUAAUGAAUGGUACUAGGAGGAGGACACCAGGAGGAGUUUACUUAAAUAUGUUGAAGAAUACACCCAGCAUAACUGGAACACAAAUCAAGGACAUCUUCUAUAUUGAAAACCAAAAGGAGUAUGAGAACAAAAAAGCAGCAAAAAAGAGGAGAAUUCAAGUCCUGGGAAAGAAGAUGAAGAAAGCUAUUAAAGGGCUCAACCUUCAAGAGUACGAUGAUGCCUCUCGAGAGACUUUUGCUAGUGAUACAAACGAGGCUCUGGCUUCCCUGGAUGAUUUGCAGGAAGGACACAGUGAAAUGAAGCUGGAUCCAGAAGAUGCUAUUGAAAUAGACAACACUCAUGACCUAGACAUCUUUUAAUAUACUGGGUACUUGAAAGACUACAAUCUUUGUGAAAUAUAUUAAA